GUGUUUGACGUUUCGUGUAUGGAGUGUAGAGGUACUACCUCUACGCUCCAUAGUUUCGUGUUUAAAUAUAAGUAUUUGGUUCUAGGAUUUUAUGCAUAUUUUUGUUAUCUUAAACGUUUAAAGACUAGCCGAGAAUGUCAGUUUGUCGCGGUUCGUUUUCGUCGAAGCAUCCACCUUUAUUCUGUUCGCAAUGUUGACAAAUCCGCAAAAAAGUUUAAAUAAACACCAUGGAUUCCACAUUAAAAAAAAGAAAAUUCAAUAAGGAUCGUCAAUUUUUAAACUCUAUGAUGGUGGGAAAUGAAAAUGAAGUUGAAGAGGAUGGCAGUGAAUACCCAUCUGAUACUUCAAUACUGCUCAACAGGGGAUCAACCAAAGAAACUGUGGUUUUAUUUCAAAAAGAAUCAGUAUGGGCGACAGCAAUACAAAUGUUCAUACCUUUCCUCCUUGCUGGAUUUGGAAUGGUUGCAGCAAGUCUACUGUUAGAUAAAGUACAACAUUGGCCAGUGUAUCAAAAUGUGUCUGAAGUUUAUAUUUUAGUACCUGCAUUGCUAGGCUUAAAAGGCAAUUUGGAGAUGACUUUGUGUUCAAGGCUGUCUACUCACGCUAAUUUAGGACAUUUAGAUAGUAAAAAGCAAAAGACUAGUUUAAUUGUAGGGAACAUAGCUUUAAUAUUAUGUCAAGCAAUUGUUGUUGGGUUUUUGGCCUCACUUGCCGCUGUAGUGUUUGGGUGGAUUCCAAAAGGAAUUGUUAACAUUCAACAUGCCCUACUUUUAAGUGCCAGUAGUAUAGUCACAGCCUUUGCGGCUAGUUUUGUGCUCGGAUUGGUGAUGGUGGGUGUAAUAAUUUUCUCUCGGCAUUUUCAUAUCAAUCCUGACAAUGUAGCUACUCCUAUAGCAGCCGGUUUGGGUGACCUAACAACUCUCGCAGUUUUAUCAUACUUUGCCUCAUUGUUUUAUAGAACUAUUGAUAGUCAUCCCUGGUUAACCCCAACAUUAAUUGUUUUAGGUUUAGGUUUGGUUCCUUUAUGGGCUUAUAUAGCUAGUGAAAAUAAAUAUACGCGUGAAGUAUUGUUUUCUGGGUGGAGUCCAGUUAUAUCAGCCAUGAUAAUAAGCAGUGCUGGUGGACUUAUUUUAGAUUUUACUGUGUCACAGUUCAAGGGGGUUGCAGUAUUUCAAUUAAUUAUUAAUGGGGUAGGUGGUAAUUUAGUGGCUGUUCAAGCUAGUCGCAUAUCAACUGAGUUGCAUAGUCAAGGUGAGCCUGGUUACCUCCCUGAAACGAUGCAAGUGUGCAUUAGUCCAUGUUCCGCGUUCUGUGAUGAGAAAAAAACCAGCCAUACAGGUACAGCAAAGAUGCUCAUGCUCAUGGUUGUUCCUGGUCAUUUAAUUUUCUCAUAUAUGAUUAGUUACUUGCAAGCUGGCCAUACUUCAUUUACUAUAAUUUUUAUGGCUGUUUACUUAUCGGCGGCGCUGUUACAAGUAUUUUUAUUACUUUAUAUCGCUCAAGUACUGACUUUGAGCAUGUGGCGGGCUGGUGUUGAUCCCGAUAAUUCUGCCAUUCCUUACUUAACGGCUUUAGGUGACUUAUUAGGGACUAUGCUUCUCGGAAUCGCCUUUCAAUUCCUUUAUCUUAUUGGCGAUGGAGAUAGCGAUGUGGGAGAUUAAUUUUAAAAUGUUUAUAUGUAUAUUGUAAAUCAUAAAUUUUAAUGUAUAAAAAAAUAUUUUAAUUGUUACAUCCCUGUCUGAACGAUUGUUAACCAGAAGGAGAUAUUUUGUAUUUGUUUAAUUAAUUUUUUAUGAAGAGAAGAUUAAAUAAAUCACGUCUUAUCGUUA